AAGAUGGACUACUAUCUGAGGGUAGGGUAACACACGCGGCGCGGAGUGUAGCAACCCAGAUGACAGAGUCGCUCAAUGACAAAGAGUCUGUGUCGCUCAUAUGAGCGAGAACCAACACGAGGUACAACCAAGUCCGUCCUCCUGCGGGAGUGGUGAGGUCAUCCCGGCGCACAGAGUUUCGGUACAACCACCACACUCUUAUAAAGACAGACGGUCGCGAGCAGUGUCCACUUAACACAACACACAACCACUUUGACCUGUAUACUAGCAAAGAUGGUCCAUCUUUCGUCAAUUGCCAAGGAACCUCAAACCCACCGUCAUCGGCGGGAGAAGCGUGAAGCGGAGGCAUCCGAGGCGUCAGCCAAUGUCUACGGGACACACUACGCGGUGGAGGAGCUGCCCGAGCAUGCGAUGUCGGAGCAGGAGAUGCCGGCCAGCGUCGCAUACCGGAUGAUCAAGGAUGAGCUGAGUCUCGAUGGCAAUCCGCUGCUCAAUCUGGCGAGCUUCGUCACCACCUACAUGGAAGACGAAGUGCAAACCCUGAUGUCGGACGCGAUGAGCAAAAACUUCAUCGACUACGAGCAGUACCCGCAAUCGGCGCACAUCCAGAACCGGUGUGUGAACAUGAUCGCGGGGCUGUUCCACGCCCCGACGACGGGACAGGCGGGGUCGGAGCAGGACGCGAUCGGGACGUCGACGGUCGGGUCGUCGGAGGCGAUCAUGCUGGCGAUGCUGGCGAUGAAGAAGCGCUGGCAGAACCGGCGCAAGGCGGCGGGCCAGGACUGGUCGCGGCCGAACAUCAUCAUGAACAGCGCGGUGCAGGUCUGCUGGGAGAAGGCGGCGCGGUACUUCGAGGUGGAGGAGAAGUACGUCUACUGCACCGAGACCCGGUACGUCAUCGACCCGGCCACCGCGGUCGACCUGGUCGACGAGAACACCGUCGGCAUCUGCGCCAUCCUGGGCACCACCUACACGGGCCAGUACGAGGACGUCAAGGCGAUCAAUGAUCUGCUGGUCGCCAAAAAUAUCGACUGCCCGAUCCAUGUGGAUGCCGCCAGUGGCGGGUUCGUCGUGCCGUUUGUGAAACCGGAGCUGGAAUGGGACUUUCGACUGGAGAAGGUCGUCUCGAUCAAUGUCUCAGGCCAUAAAUAUGGAUUGGUCUAUCCCGGCGUCGGGUGGGUCUUCUGGCGUGCCCCGGAGUAUCUGCCCAAAGAGUUGAUCUUCAACAUCAACUAUCUCGGCGCGGAUCAAGCCAGCUUCACCUUAAACUUCUCGAAAGGCGCCUCGCAUGUCAUUGGCCAAUAUUAUCAGCUGAUCCGACUGGGCAAGCAUGGUUAUCGCUCAAUCAUGACCAACCUGACUCAAAUCGCCGACUACCUGGCCUCAGAGCUGGAGAAACUGGGCUUCAUCAUCAUGAGCGAGGGCAACGGUCGCGGUCUUCCCCUAGUCGCGUACCGGUUGCCCGAAGAGGAGGGCCGUCUCUACGACGAGUUCUCCCUGGCGCAUGUGCUGCGGCGGCGGGGAUGGGUGAUCCCCGCCUACACCAUGGCCCCCAACUGCAACGAGCUGAAGAUGAUGCGGAUUGUCCUGCGCGAGGACUUCAGCAUCCAUCGCUGUAACCUGCUGGUGGAGGACAUCCGCCAGGCGCUGAAGUCGCUCGAGGAGAUGGACGAGACGAUGAUCAAGCGAUACAGCACCUACGUCCAGACGCAUGCGACCCGCGGGCCCCAAGGCCACCCGGUCUACAGAGAUGAAAAACAUUCGCUCCAGGGUAAGACCGGAAAAACGCACGCGGUUUGCUGAGUGAAUUCGUUUUGGUUUGGGCUUGGUUUGUGCGCCAAUUAAGUUUUGCGACCGGUGACAAGUCAGAGGGAAGCUAUACAUA